AUGGACGAAGUCGAAAGCAUCUCUCCGGAUUCCCAUCAUAACGAUAAGCGUGAAUUUAAGGACAACGAGCGUCAUCAUCCCCAUGCCAGAAACCAUGUGAAGUCGAAACAACAGCCCCUUCUUCAGGGCCAGUCGGAAGAGCAGGGAAAGCAAGGAGGGGACAGUAGCGAUGAAGAAAAACGUGAUCAGUACCGCGACCUGGACCAAAGGAACCUAUACCAACAGGACCGCAGCCAGGAUCAGGAUAGAGGGGUGCUAGCUUCGACACAGAAGCUCCAUGAAGAGGAAUGGAUGAUACAACUCGAGCAAGAUGAAAUCUAUCCUGACCGCGAGGAAAGGAUUUCGUCCGAGGAAAUGUCAGGGUUGGAUAACCUUCAGGUGGAGUUGGAAAGGGCUGAACGUAGCAGAGAAGAAGUCGAGGAAUCAUUGAAACACCGAGAAACAUACGAAAGCUCUUGCCAACAAUUUGGCCAAUCCCAAGCAUGGUCCAUCGUCGCGGAGACGUUUGGCCUGGGUCGCAACAUUCCCAAUUUUGUUUUAAACUGGUACUCGACCGAUCUCGACGAAAAGCGCGAAAGUAUUAUGAAAUUGAUGAAACACUAUUGUUCCAGCACUCCAGAGCCAACGGUUCUUCAAGCUUUUGUUCAGGGUGUAACUGGGGUGCCAGGUGCAGAAGAUGAUGAUUACCACGCGUUGUUGCAAAGACUCCCUUUAGUCACAGACUACUGGUGCUCGGCCACCCAAAUGUAUGACUGCUUGAGAUAUCUCGUCUCAGGGAAAGUUACACGAGAUGGCCCUCUGUCGGAUGCAGGAACGACCGAGUCAUUACAGGUCUCUUUCGGGGAUGUCCUACCGUUGAGCACGUCCACGCAACAACGCUUGUUAGCUCGUAGGCGCUUAGUCACCGCCUCUUUCCAAUCUAAACACAAGAAAAUCGGGUAUCGCGUUGUUUUCAGUCAUGGACCGCAUCAUAUUCCCAUCGCCCCAUGGUUUUUACUUUCGAAACCUAAGGCGGGCGAUAUCAUCACCCAUCGGGUUCCAGACGGUAGUUCAAUCCACAAUGCUCAGUUAUAG